GUGGAGGAGCUGGUCAGGAACUGGUCAGGAGCGGACGGCAGUGAAGGAAUCUCAAAAAAAAAAAAAAAAACUUUUCCAACACACAUCGCCCUGCUCCUUUUUUCUUUUUCUUUUUUUAAUACUAUUUUAAGUCUCCUUCGGCUCGUCUACGAAUGUGCAAAUAGCUACGCUGCCUUGCCGUGUGUGUCGGUGAUGAAAUGGAUGCUACAGCCCGCUUGGAAGAAGGAAACUUGCGAGAGGAAAAACUUCUGGGAUGAUGCCCGAGCCGACUGCAUCCCUCCCUCCAAAGUUCAGCUAAGGUGGCUAACAUUAGCUAGCAGCGCAGGACUCAGCAGCGCUCGCUAACUCCGGAGUGAAACAAACUUUAUCCCCCCCCCUCCCCUCCCUCCUCUCCCUCCCUCCCGUUCAUCUACCAUAACAAGUAGUAACAAAGCACCCUCGGGGUAGCGAAGACGAUGAAGAUAUCUCACGCUUGUGGCAACGCGUCCAUCAUUGGCGUGUUAUGUGUUUAGCUCGACUCCAGGUUACAGUUUCAGGCUAAUGGUCUCUGUAGCCAAGUGGGAGCUCCGCUAUUGUGUCGUGAGAAGUUCACCAGAGAGUUUGUGUUGACUCUCACUGAGGCAUGACACACAACUUACAUUGUCGUUUACAAGAAAGCACGGAACUCCCAUUGUGAAAAAGACUGCUGUGAAGUUUAUACGUGGACCAACUUGAUUAGUUUCGACACCCUUUGAAUGCUACGUGGAGAGAUGAGGGGAAAAAAAGGGGGAAGUGAUUAACUUUGGUGACCAUAGCAUGAGCAAAGUAAUGCCGGAGCUGGAUGUACUCACUCAUAUCAUUAUUAUCACAUUUGAUAGUUUUAAUAAGGAGCUCUGUGGACUGGACCACUUUGACAAGCUGUGCUUUUGAUCCACUUCUCUCACCUUUGUUGUUGUUGUUGUUGUUGUUGUUAUAUCUGUUUGGACACAUCUCUGCCUGUUUAUCAAGGCUUUCUGGUGGUCAUUGGGUUGUUUUUAAAGCUUCAUCAUUACCAUUGUUCAUCAUCACCCACACUCUUGGAUGAGAGUGCUAUAAUGAAGGUGACUGUGACAUUUGGGCAGACAGGUGUGGUGGUGCCCUGCAAGGAUGGGUGGACUGUCAGGGACCUCAUCCAGCAAGCCACGCAGAGAUACAGAAAACUCCUGGAACAGGAAGGAGAUUUCCUGGUUCGUACUCACCAUGUUGAAUACUGUGACGGGGGGAUUCUGGACCCAGAUGACAUACUCAGUGAUCUGGUAGAAGACAAGGACAAGCUGAUGGCGGUGUAUGAGGAACAGGAAGCCCAGCAGAGGGGCCUGGCUAACACAAGCCUUGCCCCAAGCCCAGACCUCUACCAGUCUGAGCUCUCUGUCUUCCAGCCAAUCACAGGAGGCGAAAUUGAAGUCAAUUCCUCAACCCUCAAGUCUAACACCCCCCUGUUGGUGAGAAGCAGCAGUGACUCAGCCCUCGGCCCCCAACCGACAGAGACUGAACCCUCACUCAAUGAGGACACUGCCGUGAUGGCAGCCAGUCCCGCUGUGGAGAGGCCAGCAGGGGUAGAUCGACCCCAAGGCAAACACACCUUCAAUGGCAGUCUGACUAGAACAGUGGAGAUCCUGGGAGAGGACAGUCCUCUGGGAAUCCAUGUGGUUCCUUACUGCUCAUCACUCAGUGGACGGUCUCUUGGUCUGUACAUUCGUGGAGUGGAGGAGGAGAGUCGCUCAAGAAAAGAGGGCUUGUUCGAAGAGGACGAGUGCAUCGUCAGGAUCAACAGCACCGACCUCAUGGACAAGACAUUUAGCCAAGCCCAGGAAGUGUUCCGUCAGGCAAUGCGUUCCCAAGUUGUCCGUUUGGAAGUAGUUCCCUCCUCCAGCAGAGAACACUACGAGAAGAAUCUGAUUGGUCAGCUGUUUGGCAACGGCGCCGGUCCUGACAGCAGCCACCGCAUCUCCAAGACCAAAGAGCCACCUCCACCUGUCAAAGCCAAACCUGUGUUUAAGCCCUCUGAGAAGCCAACCACGCGAUUGGCAGAGGAGGCUGCCACUAUGGAAGCUGCUGUUAGUACACCCAAGGGGAGGAGUGAGAGCCCCCUCCUUAAGAAAAGUCCUGCCCUCUCCAGCUUGGUGGCCAAUAAGAGAGGAGGACGAAGACUGAGGAUCGAUCUAAAGAAAGGUUCAGAAGGUCUUGGUUUUACUGUGGUAACCAGAGAUUCUUCAGUCCACGGUCCUGGUCCCAUUCUUGUCAAAAACAUUUUGCCACGUGGAGCCGCUGUCAAAGAUGGACGCCUGCAGUCUGGAGACCGCAUACUUGAGGUCAACGGUGUGGAUAUCACAGGUGUGGGCCAAGAAGAGUUGGUGUGUAUGCUACGCAGCACUCGGCAGGGAGAGAGCGUGUGUCUUGUGGUUCUACGGCAGGAAGACAUGUUCCUGCCCCGAGAGAUGAAGGACGAGGUGUCCCGUGUGCCGGUCUUUGUUUCUGAGAAUGGGAAGGAACAGCUUAUGUUUGAGGUACCGCUUAAUGACAGCGGCUCGGCAGGGCUCGGCAUCAGCCUCAAAGGAAACAAGUCCAGGGAGACUGGAGAGGACCUGGGAAUCUUUAUCAAAUCCAUUAUACAUGGAGGGGCUGCAUACAAGGAUGGGCGCCUGCGUGUCAAUGACCAGCUGGUAGCAGUGAACGGAGAGUCCUUGCGGGGAUGCUCCAAUCAUGUCGCCAUGGAGACGCUCCGCCGCUCUAUGUCACAUGAGGGAAACUUAAGAGGGAUGAUCCAACUAGUGGUGCUAAGGGUUUUGAAGGACCAACACGGGGUGUCACCCAAUCGCUCAUUUGACAGCUCCUCUGGCCUGUCAGGACUGGGGAACCCAGUGAACGGGCAGACGGGAUUGAUCAGCCAGACUAACGGCCCCAUUCACCCUCCCAUGGUGAACAACAAUCUCUAUGCAUUUAAUGUGACCAAUGGUAGUUAUUCUCACAUGGAUGAAGAAGAGGACGGGGAGCUGUAUGGACAUGAAACAGAGUUCAGUAACUCUACCCAACACUCCUAUCUACAGGAAAGGGAAAACUCUCACACCUCUAGCCCAGCUCAGCCCCAGGCUCCUACCCAGGGCCAGAACCAGCGGCAGUUCCAGCAUGUUAAAGCCUCCAAGAGCAUGGACCUUGGUACGACUCAGAACCAGCAGCCCACUGUGGCAGAUGAGAGCAACGUCGGAUCCGUUGGAAACACUGCGGCUCCAUCAACUCCCAUAGAACUCGGACCUACCCUCGGCUUGAAGAAAUCCAGUUCGUUGGAGAGUCUCCAGACGGCCAUGUCAGAGGUUAACAGAAAAAACGAAUUCCUCCCAUUCCACCGUCCUCGGCAAAAUAUGGUCAGGGGAAGAGGCUGCAACGAGAGCUUCAGAGCAGCCAUUGAUAAAUCCUAUGAUGGGCCACCUGAAGAUGAUGAUGAUGAUGGUUCGGAGCCGAGUUCAGGCCGGGACACCCCUGCCAGUAGUUCAUCCCGCCAGGGAGUUGGGGAUCGGAUAGAGGAGAAAGGCAAAAAAGAAAAGAAAAAGAAAGCGAAAACAAAGAAGAAGGAAAAGAACAAGGGGAAGGGAAAAGAGAAAAAGAAAGCAGAGGAGCCUGAGGAGACGGAGAAGAAAAGCAAGAAAAUAGGCUUUGGCCUGCUGAGAUUCGGGAAGAAAAAAGAGGAGAAGAAGGAGGCGAAAGCAGCUCAGCAGCGACAGAAGUCAGACAUUCUGAGUGAUCAUGAGCUCGAGAGGAUGAAAGAUGAGAGGGAAAGAAUCGAAGCCGGGCACCCUGAGCUGCGAGAGCACCGGCCCAGAGACCAGCAAUUAGGCAGCGGCGGGUCGGCAUAUCCAGAUGUCGAGGAUGACGACGCGGACCCCAACUAUGCCCGAAUACAAUCCUUCAGGGACCGAAAUAUGUGUCCAAUGCCACAGCCACUGUCUCAGUCACCCCCGUACAGCACAAUUCAGCACACCCAUGCCCGCACCCCUUCCCCCCAAGGCCCUUCUGCCUUUCCAGGCCAUGGAAUACAUGGUAACGACCCUGUAGCCAUGCCUGAUGAUGACCCCCUUGAUAGGCUGUAUGCCAAGGUCAACAAACCAAGGGGAGCUGGGACAACAUCUCCUCCUGUCUCUGCUAAUGCCAAUGAUAGUGUGGACAGGAUCCAGCAGCUAAGAAGAGAAUACCAGCAGGCAAGGAGAGAAGGCAUGGUGCCGCCUUAUGAAGAACUGGACCCACGACGCAGAGGACAUGAAAACGAUGUACACAGGAUGCCAGGCAGAGGGACAGAUCAUCGGUUGGCACCACGUUAUGAAGAGGUGGAACGUCAGUAUGCCUCCUUACCAAGACGAGGUCCGUUGGAUCCAGCUGACUACCCCAUGCAGCCCUGGUCAGGUCAUUACCCCGGACCUCCCCAGGCCCCACAGGGGUACCCUCAGUCCCCGUCCUACCCUCACCCCAACUCCCAGACUGGCCCGUCUUACUCCAGCUACCCACCUGGUCAGCCAUAUGCACGGCCAGGUGACCCUCGGGGCGUUGACCCUGGGUACUUCCCCCACCCAAGCUCCCAGCAGAGAGGCCCCUUGCGCCAGGAUGUGCCCCCAUCUCCCACCCCUCCACUACGUGGACUACGGUACGAUACUAUGACGCGUGGAACUGGGGGUGGAGCUUACAGGUAGGACCGAUUUGUGGAUGAAGAUAAUCCAGGCACCUGGUGGAUCCCAGUUCAGACCGUUAUGGCUAUACUGGGGAGGGAGGAAGACAGCAACAGCAACACCAAACCAACUCAAGACAGAAGAAUGCAAUGACUGCAGCUGUGUAGACAAAUCAGGUCCAGAGAUGAAAAUGAGCAGAAUGUUAACUGCUUUGUGUUGUGCAGCUCUUCUGCUUUCAGUACUCCAAUGAAAGAGUUGAAACCUCUUAAUGGUGUGAUUUGAAUUACCAUCAUUAUCGAGCAUUGUCUACGCUGUUUGAAGUAUAUGGUAAUACACAGACAAGCAAGGUAAAGGAGGUUAAUUAUAGAGUGGCCUGCGUGAUGCAUAAUGUCUUGUUGUUUGAAGUCAUUUAAAUUGCUUUGAGUCUUCCCGGAGUAUAAAAUUAGCAGGGUUUUUACUUUUCACUAUACUCUGAUUAAGUCGUCUCUUUUAAGAAUCAGACCAAGCCACAAAGGUAAUUGGAUCCAUUUAAAUUAAGGCAAUAACGACAUACAUACAGCUCUACACACGUUCAUAUUGUACCUGGUGGUUUCACCGCUGCCACUCCACGAACAAGACAAAAAAUAAAAUACUCUAUGUAACAUGUAAUGACACUUUUUAGUGUUAGUAUUUUUGUGCGAUAAAGACAAUUUAAAGACAGGGAAGCGUCUGAGACUUUAGCUGUUUACAAUAAUAUGAUUGAAAGGUUUGUAUUCAACCUGUACGAAUAGCAACAAAUUAGUCUGAAGAUAUAAUUCUUUGCUUUGUUAGUAACGGCUGCUGAAUCAAAAAAAUCGUCAGAACUCUACAGGUACAAGACAGUAUAUGCAUCUAUGACAAUAAACACACAGCAUUUAAAAUAUGGUUGACAGUUACAGUUAUGUUAUUAAAAGAAGUGCAUUAUGAGUCCUAUUGUUUCAAAUUGCCUAACAGGGAGUACGCCACUAUACCAAUCUUUAUGAAAAUAUAGAUUUUGUACUCAUGCCUAGUCUGAUCUCUCACUACAGUAUUUCUUUCUCCGUGAAUUAUGGACACAUUUGAAUAAUUGAAGUGCACUAAGGCACAGUAGAGCACUGUAUGAAUUGUCUUUAUGUGUAAUAAUGUGUUUUUAAUAAGGCUAUGAUUGCCUUUCAUUUUUAUCGAAAAUAUUUCUCUCAGUAGAGUUUAAAUAAUUUCUUUGUCCAAGGUAUAAUGCAAGUCUGAAAUCACUCUUGGCUGUUAGUUUACGGAACUUAUUAAUGACCCUGUUCCUGCUUUAAAAUGACAACAUGUCAAAUUAGAUUGUAGAAGUACUGAAUCUCAAAUCUAUAUUCAUUUAUAUUAAUUUCAGGACAUGUUACUACUAUUGGACUGUUUCUCUUUGAAUAGUUAACUUUAUUUAAAACGACCUCCACUUGAAUGUAUGAAAGCUCCUUGGAUCAUCUGUACGUAAUCCAUGGAGUCAGCCUGUGUUUGUUGAAUCAUUCCAGCAUGAUAUUUCACUCACUUCUUGGUUUUCUAUCAGCCUUGAAAUUAAGAGAUAAUACAUUGCUUUAAAUAAGGAGGUUUUUUUUUUUUUUUUAAACUUCCACCAAAAUGCCAAUAUCAACCUACAAACGUUGACAUUCUGGAAGAAGCUUCGUUAAGAACAAGAUGACCAUUUUGUAAAAAUACUGAAACGUCAGUUGCGGUAAUACACACACCAAAGCAAGAUGAUUCCAGCACUUCAUUUUACACUGUUACAGCUUUUUACUGCUGCCUUCACGUCCACUUGGAGUAACUCCAAGUUUUUGGGCAGUAUGUGUUUUUUUAAACAUCUACUCUUUCAUGUAAUAUGUCAAACCAUUACAAUGGCCUAUUUUGUACUAGUACUCGUACUAAUGUCAUUGUUGUUUUGAGUUGUUUAAGCCUCGCAGAUAUCCAGACUGCAGGUAAACCAGGCAGAAAAGACAUUUCAGGUCUUUAACUGAUGAGUUGCAGAGCUCAUUUUCACUCUGUAUUACUUAGCAGCCUCUUUUUCUCCGUGCUGUCUGUGUAUGCCAUGUACUGUAAUUCGGAUGUGAUGGAUGUUCAUGGCACAUCUCUGUGACCUGAUGGUGUGGGCGUCACUGUGUAGUGAAGUGCACACAAGUCCUGUUGAAACAUGAAUUGAGCUUCAGAGUGCUCUUCUCAGUGCUGCACCACAGUGUAUAUCCAUUUAGCCACUCACUAAACCGUCAAUUAAGUGUAACUAAGAGUUAGGGUCUAGCUUAACAUUUCUGCGUUUCACUCCACAAAGCUCUGCAGUAUUAAUUUCAACGGAGAUUAAAUAUAAAAUAUGACAUUUCAGGAUUAGGUGAAUUGCAUUUCUGUUAGGGGAUGAAAUUACACUAAAGUGAAUGUUGAGAGUAAUUUAACUAAAACCCAUGGAAAAAAAUGUACAGUAGAUUUUGUCUCAAAUCCAUCUUAUUUGUUUGUUUAACAAAUCUGAAUAUUGAUUGAAAAGAGGGAAGUAGGCGGGCAGGCAGAAGGGUGUGUUAAAAGAAUUCAAAAGGACGAAAGGAAAAGAAGAGAGGGAUAGAUAGACAAUCAAGGAUGGAGUAAUGAAGAAAAGGGACGUAAAGAGGGAAGAGUGUGUAUUGAUAAAGAGGGAUUAAAUAAAUAAUAGACUGAACGUACGGAUGGAUGGAGGUGGAAGAAGUGCUAAGAACAGAUGCAGUGCAAUGACCCCAAUGCCUUUGUUUGUUUGAUGGUUCGAUUCAGAGAGUUUUCAAAGAACAAGAAAAGAGAGAAAAGAAUGAAAGUUCAUAAAAAAUCUGGGCGGCAGUUGAUCUGCAGUAGGAGGAGGGUCACAGGAGUGGGCUUGUAUUGACUGAAUGUAAUGACUUUGGGAAUAUUACAAAUAUUUGUCUUUUUCAUGCUAUUAUCACUUUUCAGCACCAGUAUGGAAAUCAAACUUCCAAACAAAACUGUCAAAGUAUUACUGAAGAACACCAAUGAAGCACAUUUUUAGGAGACUGUUAACUCAUCUGUCAAGUAUAAAGAAUCGACAUCAAAUUGAUUCACGUCCCUUUAGAUCAUUUUCUCAGUGAUAACGCUGUAGUCAGCCUCCACAGUGGUGAAUAGUGUGCCUAGCAUUACCUCAAAUGUGACAAAAACUCACAGUUGGUCAAAUAAUAAAUGGUAAAUUGGGAUUGGAGGGGAAAACAGUACAACUUAUAUGCAAUAUGAUCAGAAAAUAUUGUUUUAAAAUCCCAGGUAGGGCUGUCCUGGAUACCAUAUUUGAGGUUCAAAGCAAAUAUUUGAAGCUCUGGGAUCAGUCAUGGGAUGAGUCCUUCUCCUGCACUCACUACCCACUAUAUUUCAGGUGCGAGAGGGCAGCUCCAGAGUUCAUACAGUAUGAGAAAAAUUUGCGCUCUGAGGGGGUUGAUGAGGCAGGGACCCAAAGCAAGCACAUCACUACAGUUGCCAGAGCCUCAGAUAACAGUUUGCAUUUCGCCUCAGGUCCAGUGUGUAACAUUUAGGAGGCUCUAUUGGCAGUAAUGGAAUAUCAUUUUGAUAGGUAUUAGUAUUUUCAGGUGUAUAAUCGCCUGAAAAUAAGAAUCAUUGUGUCUUUGUUACCUUAGAAUAAGCUAUAUCUAUCUACGCAUGCCAUGGGGCGACUUCCAUGAAGUACGCCAUGUUGAAUCUCCAUGUUUCUACAGGAGCCCAGAAGGGACAAACCAAACACUGAUUCUAAAUAUGGUUGUUCGCUUUUUUUGUGCGUUUUGCAGCCACUGUAGUUUGGGUGAAGCAAUAAAAUUGAGAUCUGCAACUGCACCAUCUAGAUGCCAUUAAAUCCUACACACUGGACUUUUAAAGGAAAAGGAUCAGGUUUCUACCCAUCGUAUUUUUGAAGCUUCGUAGCAUUCGGAGUCAGCCCUACUCUCAGGACCUUCUGGGUGGACAGUGUGAAUGUGAAGCCAGUAUACAAAAACAAAAAUAUUCGUAUUCUUUUCUAAAAGGUUGGUUUUAUCACUUUGGAUAAUCAUAGUUCCCUGAGUACAGUAUGUUAAAGAGUGCACAUGGAGCGCCAGAGAAAAUGAUCUAUUGUGGUCGCAUGGACAAUUUUUACAUUCCAAAAAACAUAUUACAUUUAUUAUACUAUUAUUAUACUACUACUUUAAGACAGAAUGAGCAGAAUUCAAAGAUGGAAGAUGUCUUCUUGACUGUAUCUGAAUGCUGCGUCAGUGUCUGGUGAAGCUUUGCUGAGCUACAGUAUAUUGAGAUGUGAACAUUACAUGAAGGUGUAUUAUUGUUACUCCUCUGACACAAGUACACAAUUCACAUGUAUGUAACUCUUCACAAGCAUUUAUUUUUUAUGUAUUUCUUGUUAAUGAUAGUCUGUGUUGUUGGUUCGGUAUACCGGAGCCACAGAGUGUUUGGUUGCCGUUACCAUGCUACUGUAAGAAAGAGAUGCAAACUGAGUGCAUAUUUGGUUUGAUAUAUGCAAUUUACGUUAAAUAAAUUGAGUGUAGUUGCAAUAAUAAGCAAUUUGCUCAACUUGCUUCUUCAAAAAUUGACAAGAAAAAAACAAAAAGACAUUUAAGGCACUUUGCAUAGCAUGGUUAAGGUUAACACGUCAAACAUUCUGUAAGGCUCUUUGGUUUCUGGCAGUACGGUAUGAGUUGCACAAGGUGAAGGUACUAACCAGAGUCUUCUAUAUGAAGAGUUCUGGUACUCCUGGUUCUCUCUUUCCAGAGACCAAUACAGUAUAUGAAGGAGCCAACUAAACAACCUCUCUGUCUUAGAAGUAUAGCUUCUUUUUUAUAUUAAACUGCUUGUAUCCAAAAACAAGUCUCAUUUUAUAAUGAUGUAACAAUAACAAUGAUUGUUUUCCUACAUUUUAUAUUUAUGUAUAUAACAUUGUUUUUUGCAUUAAAAUAUUCAUUUUAAAACAGGA